AUGAUUGACUAUAGAUUUGGUUAUGAAGAAGAGGGCGAAUUAAAACAGAAAGGACUUUUUUUUUCGCCCAAUUCAAGUUCUAUUUUGUUAACGAAAAACCAAUUUCCAAUUUUCGAAUACGUUUCAUAUGAUAAAAUUCAAGAUUUAUAUGAACAAGGGAAAGGACAUUUCUAUUUUAUCCCUGAUGGUUUUGAACCUGUUCUAGUGCCAAACGACAUCAAAGAUCAAACGGUCACCAAUCUGUUGCAAUCCACUAAACCGGUUUCGACAGCACCUAACGUGUCAAGAAUGCUGCUUGACACUGACGUUCGUCUACCAUCAUACGCAUUACCUUGUACAGUUAACAAUAAUACUGACAAUGAUCAAGACGACAAUAACCAAGAUAAAUCGACAACAACCACCACAAACGCUGGCGCUACAAAGAAACCACCACUUUCACCUUCUUCAUUAUUAUUACCCGACAAAAAACCUCCAAGACCACCAAACGCUUUUAUUCUUUAUCGAAGGGCAAAACAACCUUCAAUAUUGGCUAAAAAUAAUGGUGGAAUAUCAAAUAAUGAUGUUUCGAAAGAAAUUGGCAAAAUGUGGCAUGAAGAACCUGAGGACAUUAGACUCAAGUAUCAGAAGAUGGCUGAAACUGCUAAACAGGAGCAUAUGAAAAAAUAUCCUGAAUAUAGAUACAAGCCUCGACGUCCCGAAGAGAAAAAACGUCGUCGCAGUAGUAAAUCUUCUUCUCAAACUCAACAUGAGAACAAUGGUAAAGGACUACUACUAGGUGAAGGGCACGAAGGUGAUGAUAAUUUUAGAGAUCCAGUUCCUGAACACAUAAAAAAAGCUAUAACUCAUAAAGUAUUAUCAAAGCAGCGUAUAAAUACUACAACAAUUAAAGAUCGCAAUGAAAAGGUUUCAAGAAUAAUCCUGAAUGAAGAGAACAACAACAAUAAUGGUAAUGUUGACGAAGCAUUUAUAAUUACAAAGAUUAAAGAAUUGACAACUUUAAAAAAAAAUUUAUUUCAAAAAUUACACGGAGAACAUUUCCAAAGUCAAAUAUUUAUUGGUAAUAAACGUUCUAAAGAACAAUCUUCACCGUCUUUUGGACCAUCGUUUAAUAAAAGAUCCCGUACUUUAUCAGCAUCCACAUCAAAUGGAAUCUCAAAUUCAAAUUCUGGAAAUAUGAUGAUGGGAAGAGCAAGAGAUGACCAAUAUCCUUAUUAUCAUAGAAAUGACUAUCGUCCUGGUCAUCCUCCUUAUAUAGAUCAUCAUAUUCCAUAUGGAAGAGGAUUUUUAAAUAACAAUAAUAUGUCAAGGCGACAAUCUAAUGCAGCUCCACCUUUACCAUCCGGGAGAUCUACAAUACCACGUUCAUUAGAUAGGUCACAUAAUAAUAUUGAUAUCUUUUUAUGA